AUGCUCCGUCCCCCAGCCUAUGCCUUCCUGCUCCUUCAGACACAUUGUAUCUUUGCCUCAGGAAGGCAGAAUAGAAACCUGAGUAAGCGUUUCAACUUCUCUGUGCCUUUGCCGCAGUGGUCAGGGAGUUUUAACCUGUCUGAGUGGCAGAGGCUUCAGCACGCUCCUUUACCGUGUGGUUGGCGAGAUCUGUCUCAUAAUGUGGUGAGGAACACACUGUCACUGCUUCAUGAUUCUACUAGCAGCCAUCUGUUUGAGCAAGAGUAUUCAGGUUAGUAUGUGCAUUGUGCUGUGGUGGGCAAUGGAGGAAUCCUCAAAGGUUCAGGACAAGGGAAGGCCAUUGACAGCCAUGAUUAUGUCUUCAGGAUUCAAGGUAUGAUAACCAAGCACUUUGAAGAGGAUGUGGGCACUAAAUAUGGGUUUACCACAAAUACUCUGAAGAAUUCCCUCAAGGCAUACUGGAGAGAUGGCUUCACCAGGGUGCCACAAGAUCCUGUCAUUUGCUAUAUCUUUAACCCCGCUAGCAUCCGAGAUUAUGUGAUGCUGGCUGCUGCCGCCCAGGGAGUUGCUGUGCCCUCGGGGUAUGACAAAGGAGACUUGCCUUCCAAAUAUUUUGGAUACAAGUGGCCAGUCCAGCAAUUUAGAAUGAUUCAUCCAUCCUUCACUGAGUACGUAACUAAGAAGUUUCUGAACUCUCCACUGUUAAUGAGGCACAGAGACGUCUACAUGCCCAGUACUGGGGCGCUCAUGCUCAUGGCUGCCCUUCACGCCUGCGACCAGCUGUCAUUUAAUGCAUAUAUUUCUGCAUAUGGCUUCAUCACAUGGAACUAUGAGGACUUCUCCGAACAUUACUACGACGCAGAGAAGAAGCCAUUGCUUUUCUAUGCCAACCAUGACAUGCUGAUGGAGGGGGAACUAUGGGAGUUCUUGAAUUCCUCUAGAGUUUUAUGGCUGUACCAAAGAAAUGGCAUGAAGUCCCGUCAUUCAGAGACUGGCUAG